CGAAUGCAUCCAAACAUAGCCUUGUUUCCAAACACCACGUUAAGAUUUGAACCCUGAACUAGGGUUUGGUCCUCCACAAUUGUUGUCGCUCUGCAAUCUUUCUCUCCAACAAAAAAAUGGGUAAGAGAGAGAAGAAUCUAAAAGCGGCAAAGUAUCAUAUCGAAGAAGAGGAGAACGAAGAAUUACAAUCGAAAUCAGCAAAGUCUCAAAUCGUACUGAACAGUAGUAGCGACGAUGAAGAAGCCAACGAAGAUCUGAGCUUGAAAAUCGUCGAGAAAGCAAUGCUACGAGCUUGUAGCUCCGGCCAACGGAACGACUCAGAAUCAAAGGUCGAUAAUUCUUUGUUGCCGUUGCAAAAAGAUGAAGUUGUGGUGACAGACGUGAAGAGCAAGAGGAAAAGUAGGAAAGAGAAGAAGAGCAAGAAGGUGAAAAAGCAAGAGGAAACUGUUGUUGUUGCAAAGGAUGAAGAGGAGGCUGAGACAAUCAAAGCCAUAGAGAUUAAUGAACUUGCCGAGACAAAUCCUGUUGAGAAACCUGAUAACAUUGUGCUACGGAAGCUUCUUCGAGGGCCAAGGUACUUCGAUCCUCCAGACAGUGGUUGGGGAAUGUGCUACAAUUGCGGUGAGGAGGGUCAUAAAACUGUCAACUGCACCUCAGCUAGGCGGAGGAAGCCAUGCUUUGUUUGUGGGAGUUUGGAGCACAAUGCCAAGCAGUGCACAAAGGGAAAAGAUUGCUUUAUAUGCAAAAAAGGAGGUCACCGUGCAAAAGAUUGCCCAGAAAAAUACACAGGGGGAUUUCAGAAUUCUAAGAUAUGCUUAAAAUGUGGAGAGUCUGGUCAUGAUAUGUUCUCAUGCAAGAAAAAUUAUUCUCUUGAUGAUUUAAAGGAAAUACAAUGCUACAUUUGCAAGAAUUUUGGCCAUCUUUGUUGUGCUGACUUUACCGAUACUGGUCCAAGAGAACUUUCUUGUUAUAGAUGUGGUCUUUUGGGCCAUAGUGGUUUGGUAAGUUUAUUCUAUGGUUUCGUAUUUGCUGCCAUGGCCUAUUUAUCAAUGAAUUAUGUCUUAAGGUUAUAGAUACAAACAUCAUAUCUCAAUUCCAAUAUGAACGGUUAAGAAGUGUGAACCAACAUUUCUAAUAUUUUUUAUAAAGCUUUAUUCACAAACAAAUUGGAAGUUUUAGGUUUAAGAGUUUCUAAAAUUAAAAGGGAAAGUGAAAAAAUCUAUUGUGUGUGUCUAUUG